AUGCACCGCCGAUGUAAUACUAUACGGUCGAGGGCCGGGGCCGGACGAUGGACUAGGCCCAAAGGGGAGGGUCUGGAACGGAUUGGCGCUGGACGCGGUAGAGAAACAGUGGUCGGAUGCGUUCAUGGAUGUGCGAGGCAACGUCAGACGUCUUGCUUGGGCGAUGGCCAGGGCAGGGGGGAUGCGAUGACGUGCGCGAGGGAAUUGCACGGAUAG